CUUUCGGCUUCCUUUACAAAGCUGUGGCCAGCAACCUCCUCCAAAAAUGUUCCCCGGUGCUUUCGAGAACAAUAAUUGCUUUGAAAAAAAUGUGAACAAUAGAAGGUGCUGUUACUGUGUAACCCAUGAAAUGGGCGUCCAAACGGAUGAGUUUGAGUGUGAGGUCAAGACGGAUCAGGAAAGUUCUGGGGAUGACGAGUCACAAAGAGAUUCCAGUGCGUCCGAAGUCUUCGUCACAGAAGUGAUCACAAAGGAGGCAGAGGUGACGCAUCGUACCGGCCAAAAGGAGACUAUAAUCGAGAAAUAUGAGUCGGUAGCCCAUAUCCCUAACAUCGAAGAUCCGGCACGAAAGAAACAACCCAAGGAGAAGAAUCAGGAAGAUAAUGCUUUAAGAGAAGAACCGAAAAUGGCAGAAACUCCAGCCCGACUCAUGCGCAUAUCAGAGUUGUAUCCAAUUGUGGAGUCCUUUAUGGCGGAAGUCCCCGUAUCCGGUUCUCAAUCUGGCACAGAAGAGAUGAUCUACAACCAAUAUCAGACAUACGAGCGCCACGCUGACGAGCCCGAAGGGAAGGCGACGGUGGAGGAGCUGGUUGAGCAGCCUAAAUCCAAAGCGGACUCACCGAUUUCCUCCAUAUCAAAGAUGCGUACACCCAAGCCCCGCCUAUCGAAGUCCCGAUCGCCCAUUUCCUCUUCACCCAAGCCUCCGAAGCCAGUUUCCAGUCCAAAGUCUGGCAACGAUUCACCUAAAGAAGUCAGUGAAUCCCCGAAGCCAGUUUCCAGUCCAAAGUCCGGCAACGAUUCACCUAAGGAAGUCAGUGAACCCGCGAAGCCAGUUUCCAGUCCAAAAUCCGGCAAGGAUUUCUCUUCUCCAGAAGUCAGUGAACCAAACUCAAAAGAGAAUGUUUCAGUGAAGGAGAAGGAGGAGAAAGACGAUAAUGUAAGUGAACCUUUUGUCAUGUUAAGUAGUAACCCAACUACCGAAGAAGAAAAUGAAGAAGAAAUGGAAGAAGAGAAACCUACAAUAGCUCGAUCGAAAAUUCCAUCCGAUGUGAGUACAGUUCACGUAAGGGUCACCAAUAGACGGGUGGCUAGGAAGAAACGGCCCAAUGCCAGGGAGUCGCCAACAAACGUGACGGGGAUCUUCGAGAGUCGAGUUUCCCAGUUGCUUUUAAAGAAGAAACGUGAAAAACCGGAAGCGAAGAAACCAAAAAUCCGAGCUCCACCCAAACUGGAAGUUAAGACAGGUUAUCCUCCAAAUGAUUUGGUCUGCAGAUUUGCCAAUCCUCCAAAGUGCAGACCGGCCUGCAAUAUCAUCCAAUGUCCCUGUUCAGGGCCUAACUUUUGCGAUCCGUGCUGUUCCUGUCCCUCCAGCACAAGACAGUGUGAUCCCAUUUACGGUUUUGGCAGUCAGUGUAUCGGUUAUUAUUGUCAUUGAGCAGGAAGGUGUCUGUAUUUAUCCAUAACUAUAAGCACAUUAACAGAAAAUCAAUAAAAUAUUCUUAGCUAGGUAACAA